AUGUGGCCUGAACAGUUCAAUUUAUUAGUAAAUUUGCUUCAUCCUCAUAUUAAGAAAAACAGCAUUCGGACACCUCUUCCUUCAGAACUGCGCUUAGCUGUCACUUUGUUAUAUUUAUCUCAGGGUGAUAGCGCUAAAUUAAAACAUGCAGAAUUUAGAAUAGGCAAGUCAACUGUUCACAAAAUAGUAAAUGAGACUUGUCAGGCGAUUUGGAUAGCGCUACAACCUAUUGUUUUGAAACCUCCCAGUAAAGAAGAUUGGAAAUCCUUCAGCGAAGAAUUUAUGAGAAAGUGGGAAUUUUCAAAUUGUCUGGGAGCAAUAGAUGGGCGUCAUAUGAGAAUUCAGGCACCACUCAAUUCUGGAUCGACAUUCUACAACUAUAAACAAUUUUUCAGCAUAAUACUGCUUGCCAUCUGCGAUGCAUCAUAUAAGUUUACUUGGGUUGACAUCGGGCAAUAUGGUUCUAUAAGUGAUGGUGGAGUGUGGGCUAACACUGACUUUGCAAAUGAUAUCGCUGCAGGUAAUUUACCCUUGCCAGAUCCCACACCACUUCCAGAAACAAAUAUUCCUUUUUCCUUUGUGUUUAUUGGUGAUGAAGCUUUUCCACUUUCAACAUAUAUGAUGCGGCUCUAUCCUCGUAAAAAUCUGACUGAUGACAUGAGGAUUUUUAAUUAUCGCUUAUCACGUGCACGGCGUACGAUAGAGAAUGCCUUUGGAAUUUUGACUGCACGAUGGCGUAUCUUGCACAAACCUCUUUGCAUGUCAAUAACCAACUGUGAAAAUGUGUUGAAGGCUCUCGUCUGUCUACAUAAUUUUAUUAUGUAUGGAGAAAAACAAGAGAAUAUGAACAAUCGUCAAUAUUGUACAACAGAUUUAAUUGUUACCGAGGAGCGUGAUGGCAGCAUUAGAGAAGGACAGUGGAGACGGCACUUUUCCUCACAUUUUGCUGAACUCGGUCGAUUAGGUGCUAACCGUGCAGAUUCUGUAGCGAAAGAAAUGAGAAAUAUCCUUAAAGAAUACUUUAUUUCUCCAGUUGGUGAAGCUCAAGCUUCAUGGCAAUACGAAUACACGUUCAGAGGGGCUAUUAUUAAUCCUUCUGUAAUAUAA